AUGAAAAAAAAUUACAGUGUUCUAGAUGAUGAAGAGAAAUUAAAUGAUUAUGAUUAUAAUAUAAGUUACAGAGAAUAUAAAAAAACUAUAAGAAAUUUGCAAAUAAAAUUUGAAAAAGAUUUAAGUGAAUUGAAAGAAAGGAUAAAUUUGUAUGAAAACAAUAUACAAAAAAAAAAUGAAAAUGAUAUAUAUGAAUUUAUAUCUAAUAAUAAAAAAAAAAUAGAAGAAUUAGAAAAUUGUCAUAAAAAUGGUAUAGAAAAUUUAUUUAUAAUGAAAAGUUACUUUAGUAAAAAUAGUACUUAUUCUAUAGAAAUUGAUAGAUAUCUAAGUAUUUUUGAUAAAUUUAAAAUUCAGUUACAAAGCAUAAAAAAUACAUUUGAUAAAAUAUACCUCAAUUGUAAUAUAUAUAUAAAAAAAGAAAAUAAUAAAUUUAUUAAUAAUAAUGAAAUUAAUCAUGUAUUUAAAGAAAGAAAUGCAUUAGAAUAUUCUUUAAAAGAGUUAGACAAUAUUAUAUCAAUUGGCGAAAAUACAAAUUUUAAGUUAAAAAAUCAAAAUUAUCAUAUUAUGCAACAUAUAAAAAAAAUAAAUCAAUUAAAUUCAUAUUUGCCUCAAAUACAAAAAAUUUUAAAAAAAAUUAAAUAUUACAACUUAAAAAGGAUAAUUAUUUUAUCUGUAACUAUAUCAUUAUGCAUAUUUUUUUUUUUUAUAUUUAAAUAA